AUGACAACUCUUGCAUAUCAGUUGCAGGAGAUUCAUGAAAAUCAUUUAGAAUCAUUAGAUAAAAAGAAAAAAAUAUCAUCACUUCUUUUUGAUCCAACAGAAGCAGCAGAUCAAGAUCUAGAUUCAGUUUUUUCUAUUGCAAACAACGGAUUUCUAGAGUUAUUGAAUAUUGAACCCAAAUUUAAACGUUUUUCAAAGACUCUUUUCUCUGAAGAAUCCAAAUUCAUAGAUCGUUUUACACAAACUAAACAAGAAAAUGACUAUCUUGACAGUUCUAUUGAUGCAUUUUUAUCUAUUCUAGCCCCUUAUUUUUUACUAAAACCUUCUAUAAAAGUAUUGGAAUGGCUAAUACGUAGAUUCAAAAUACACAAAAGGAACCAAAAUUCUCUUUUACUUUCAAUUUUUCCAUAUCACAUGCAUCCUUUUUUUGUAAAAAUUUUAUCAAUUAUAGACAUACCUUUACCAACAUGGUCAUUUCUUCUUCCUUUCAAAAAUAACAGAAUAUGUCCAACGCACUAUAUAAUUUCUAAGUCUCUAUCAGAUAAUGAAGCGCUUUUUUCCUUAUUUAUGGAUUAUGUUCAGUCUAAAGUUAAGGAAAAAAAAGAUUAUCAAAUUCUUUUAAAGUUUUGGGCUACUUGUGUUGCAGAAACUAUCUAUAUUAUGAGGAAAAAUUCAGAAAGUGAAGAAAAGAUUAUCUCCAAAAUUCUUCCAAAUAUUUUAGAAGGAUUAUUAUCACAAUCAUCUGAAUAUCAGAUUGCAUGCUACAUAAUAUUAGUAGCUAUUAGUUCCAACUGCUCAUUAUCAGAAAAGUCUUUAGUUACUGCAUUAACUUUAGUAAGCAGAACAUUAAACAAAACUACAAUAAAUGCAGGGCUUAUUUGUUUGGCACAACUCGCACAAACGAGAGAAGGGUGUAAACCACUACCGAUUCCUGUAUUUGAAUCAUUAUUAAAAAUUGAAAAUAUUAACAAAGAGCUUAUCAUAAUUGGUGAAAAAUAUCGCUCAGAUAAAUUAAUUGUUGGCUAUAUUCAUCUCUUAAUAGAAAAUAAAAUGAAAAACAAUGAUUUUUCUUUAUUCAAGGAGUUAGAACUAUUUUUUUCAAGAAUACAUUUCUCGAAAGAUGAAUUCAAAGCAAUUAUACAUUCUUUAUUCCUUCAAAUUAUACAUUCGGAAGAUUUACCAGUUGAAGCUAGGAAUCACAUUUCUAAUAUUAUCAAGAAGUUUAAAGAAGAUAUAUUAUUUAGACCUAUUCUAGAAGAUAUAACAAAAAUAUUUAAAAACGAUAUAACUGGAAUACAAAAUAUCCUGCAAAUAACUAUAGAAUCAUCACCUCCGUCUGUUUCAAAAGACAUUAUAGUAGAACAUACAAAUAUAAUUGAAGAAAAAAGUGCAGAAACAGAAGAAUUUCCACAUUUAAUUAAUAAUAUUCAAAAUAUUAUUUCAAAAAACUUAAUUUUUAUGGAUUCUAAUCAACAAUUAUUUUACAAAGCCUUUUAUAUAGCAUGCAAACAUCCAGAAGGAAUUAAUAUACUUUUUUCGAACCCUAUCUUCCAGGAUACAUCAUCUAAACUUUACUUUUUAUCUCAAAUAUGGAUAUCCCAAAACUUAGAUGAUAUUAAUAUAAAAAACUCUAUAAUAACUGCUUUAGAACAGUGUCAAAUAAUUUUAUUAAAUGAAAAAGAAAAUAUCGAUUACCAAUUUUUUAUACCAUAUCUUUUAAUCUCUCUAAAUAGUGAAUCAUUAGAGAUAAGAGAAGCCACCUCGAAAGUAAUACCUCUUUUAGUAGAAAAAAUGGAAAUGUUUUCAGAAAAGGAUUCUAUAAUUUAUGGUUUUAAUAACAUAUAUGGCAAAAAGUCUUCCAAACUUAGCUGGCUUUCAAAAAGAGAUGAAAAAAGAUUUCUUAAAGAAAUAUUAAUACCUAAUAUUCAAGAAUGCAUCAUCGAUAAAAAUUAUAUAUCUAAGAUACUUGCUGAAGUUUUUGAAACAAAUGACAAAAAAGAAGAUAUAAGUUUUAGUCGUUCUAUUUUAAAAUUUAUAUGUUCUCAUAUUAUUUCUUGUCCUCUUCAAGAUGUUUGGUUUAGAUUACUCCAAAUAAUUAACAAUUCUACUGAAAAAAACAUUCUUAAAACAAAAGUUCUUCUUCCAAAAUUAAAAUAUUAUCAAAAUAUGAAAAUGGAAACAAGAAAUAAGUCUUUAAUUAUUAAAGAACUUUGUAAAAUUGUCGUAGAAGGUGAAAAUGGUCUUGGUAUAAAAUUGUUGUUAGAAAUUGCAAAAUCUGAUCAUACGGAAUUUGUUAUUGGAGCUUGUGAACGGCUUUCAGAAUUAUGGAACUCUAUCGAACAUAGUAUUAUGUUUGAUAUUUGUAAAGUAUUUAUUGAUCAAAGUCAAAAUAGAAAUAAUUCUACAUCUUUAAUAAUUACGAAAACACUUAAUGAUAUUGAAAUUCCUGAAGAAGUUUUUAUCUCUUUAUUUUCUAGCUUAAAUUUAAAAGAUCUUCUUUCAUCAUUAUUAACUAAAUAUCAAAAAGAUAGAGAUUCUCAAAAUAAGGAAAUAGAAAAAGAGUUACAAUAUAUUACGAUAUUUUUGGAACUAUUAGAAAAAAACAGCCCUGAAACAAAACAACAAUUAAUCACGCCUCUUUUUACUUCAUUAAAUUUCCUAAUUACUUUAGAAACAAAUACAAGAAUAUCAAUGGCAUAUCCAGAACAAAUUAUUCUUACAUGCCUUCAGAAAAUAAUAAGUAACACUUCCAUCAAUUUCGAUUCUAAAACAAUUCGUAUGGACCUCUUAAUAAACUGUGUAUGCUCAUCGCCUACUCCUCAUGUUCAUAACCGCGCUUUAUUGCUUAUUACAACAAUUGCUAAAACAGUACCCGAAUUAAUUCUUCAUAAUAUUAUGCCUAUUUUCACAUUUAUGGGAACAAAUAUUCUUCAUCAAGAUAAUUAUUUUUCUGAAUAUAUUAUUGAACAGACUAUUCAAAAAGUUAUUCCACCUCUUAUUUCUAACAACAGAGAUAAAAAAGCCGAUAUAAUAGUAAACUCUUCUACAAUAUUAACGAGUUUUGUAAAUGCAUUUAGUCAUAUACCGGAUCAUCGUAAAUUGAAACUAUUUAAUAUUCUUAUUAAAACCUUAGGACCUAAAGAUUUUUUAUAUGCAUUCCUUGUUUUACUUUUAAACAUGAAAUAUAAUCUUGAAGAAAAGGGAAAAAAUACAGAGGCUAGAGUAAUUUCAAACUUUUGUUUAUCUUUAUCUACAUCAUUUGAUAUAGAAAUACAACUACUGUCUUUUUGGAAACUUUUAGAUUUUGCAAAAUCGUUGACUAUAAAUACAUUAGACAUUCCAGAUGAUUCCAUCUUAAUAGAUACUUCGGAAUUUGAUAACGAUAAAUUGAAUAGUUUACGUUCUCAACUUAUUAAAAUUGUUGGUAAUAUUUUCGCUUCAAAGCAGUUUAAAACAACAUUUCUGACUAUACACAAAACUAUCUCUGAUGAUAGUAACAUAUAUUCUAAUAUUUAUAAAAUUAUAAAAAUACUGAUUGAAAUGAAAGAAAUAUCUACAGUUUAUAAAACUCUUGAAGAUUCUUUACAAUAUGUAUUAAAAGAAACACUUAUACUUUUACCUAUAAAAUCAUUCACUAUUACCAUCAAAAAAAUGUUAAUAUCAAAAAAUCUUAGGCUUCGUUUGAAUGCUUGUGUUAUUCUAAAAGAUAAAGUUGAGACAGAAUCAUUAGAAAAUACCGAUACAGAAUUAGCAGCAAUAGAUCUUCUUCCUGAUAUUAUUGAAAAUACAUUUAAAAAAGGCCCUGAAUUAACAUAUUCAGCUCUUAUCUGUAUUAAUGUUAUAGCAAAAAGAUACGGGAAAAAUAAUCCUGCAAAGUUUUUUCAAAUACUUGAAAAUAUAAUUGAAGUUGGACUUAAAAACGAAAACAAAGAUCUUCAAAUAUUAUCAUGCGUUUCUAUAACAAUUUUAAGUGUGUACCUAGGACCUCGUUUGGUCCCAAAACUUCCAAGCUUUGUUCCUUAUAUUUUAGAGAAACUUAAAGAGUCACAUGAUAACAUUUUUGAAAUAACAGUAUGUUCUCUUAUGGAAGCACUUAUUAAUUCUAUUCCUUCGUUUAUGCUAUCUUAUACAAAACUGAUGCUUGAAGCAUGCUUAUAUAAAAAUCCUACAGAAAACAGGGAAUUAAUUAAAGUAAAAAAUUCAUUAAAUAAUGCUAUAGCAAAUAAUUUUCCUUUAAAAAAAAUAUUUUUAUCAAUUUCACAAUCUUGGAAAUAUAUCAUUACAUUAGACAAAACUACUAUUUUAUUUAGUCUUGAUUUAUUAGAAAUAACUAUAAAAAAUUCCAAAAAAGAAGAGAUAGAAAGAAUUUCGUUGAAAUUAUUUAAUUUUUUUCUUGAAGUAUUUAAUAUGAAACAGGACGAUCAAUUAGAUACUAAAAUUAUAAUAUUUAUAAAAGAAAAGGCAAUUGAAGUAUUUAUACAAGUGAUUAUGAAAUUAAACGAUACAACAUUUAGACCGUUGUUUCUCAAUUUUCGUCAAUGGGCUUUUGAGGAUUUUUACAAAGAAAAUAUAAGAAUUGAUCCAAAACCCCGUUUAUUGAUUUUUUAUAAAUUUCUCGGAGUAUUUUUAGGGCGAUUUAAAUCAAUUGUGACGAAUUAUUUUUCUCAUAUUUUUGAUGAUACUAUUAAAUUACUUGAAAAAGAAAAAGAUGAAACCUUUUCUUUAAAUUCAGAUCUGUGGGAAGCAAUUAUAAAUUCAAUUUAUCAAAGCCUUUUGCAUGAUACAGAAGAAUUUUGGCAAAAUUCUAUACGAUUUUCAAAAAUUGCACCAGCACUUAUAUCUUAUUUAUCCUUUACUCCUAGAUACAAAAUAGAAAAAUAUUUAAUACCCUCUAUAGUACAAUUAGCAUCAGUCACAAUUUCAGAUGAACAUUAUAAAACGAUUAAUACUCUAAUUCUUAAUCACAUGAGUUCAGAUAACACAGCAGUACGUCUUGCUGUCUUAGAAACUCAAAAGGAACUUUAUACUAAACUUAAAGAAGAAUGGCUUACAACACUUCCACAAACUAUACCAUUCAUUUCAGAAGCAUUAGAAGACGAAAAUGAGAAAAUUGAAUAUUUUACACAAAAACUUAUUAUAACUAUAGAAUCAUAUCUCGGAGAAUCUCUCCAACGAUUUCUUACAUAGUUUUUUUUAAAUAUAAGCUAAUAAUCAUA